AUGGGAUGCUGCACCGGGCGCUGUACCUUGAUUUUCCUCUGCACUUUACAGCUGCUUGCUGCAUUAGAGAGACAAGUGUUUGAUUUCUUGGGAUAUCAAUGGGCUCCUAUUCUAGCCAAUUUCCUCCACAUCAUCAUCGUUAUCCUUGGCCUCUUCGGUACUAUUCAGUAUAGGCCACGCUACAUAGUGGUGUAUGCCAUCUGGACUGCCAUUUGGGUCACCUGGAACAUCUUCAUCAUCUGCUUUUACUUGGAGGUGGGAGGACUUUCAAAGGACAGCGAACUUUUGACCUUUAAUAUCUCCCAGCAUCAGUCAUGGUGGAGUGAAAAUGGCCCUGGCUGCGUAAGGAAGGAGGCUUCCAUGGCUGGCAUAAAGGGAUUGGACAGCCAUUCUUACAUCUCUGUGAUUGGCUGUGCUCUAGAGUAUCGGUACAUUGAGGUCAUGCACAGCUCGGUCCAGAUUCUGGUAGCGCUGGUGGGCUUUGUCUAUGCCUGUUACGUUGUCAGUGUUUUUACAGAAGAAGAGGACAGCUUUGAUUUCAUUGGUGGAUUUGAUCCAUUUCCUCUCUACCAUGUCAAUGAAAAACCCACCAACCUUUUGUGCAAGCAGACGUACCUGUAA